CAUAGCACAGUAAAACUUAGCAGACUUAAAGAAAAAAAUUGCCAAAUUUGAAAUUCUAAAAAUAUGUAAUACAAAAAACUGGAAAGAAAUACAGUCCUAAAAAUUCCGCCUACACAAUCCAUGGGCCUUUGCAGGCAAUGUCCUUUUCACACACACUAACACCCAAACAGCGCAGAGUGGCCAAUGGGAUUGUCGCCUCAAUUUGUCGUGGUAGCUAUGGCCAGGCGGUGCAGUUGUUAGAUGAUUCAAGCGGUGUUUUGCCCAGCGAGCAGGAGCAGUUGAUGCGUCAGCUGCUAGAACGUUUGCAGGGCAUGAGAAAACCGGACUCUUUAGUCGCUUGUGAGGAGCUAUUCAAUGAGCUACAGUUGCCCGAGCUGGAUGUCAGUGUUAUCAAUAGAAUGAACACGCAUUUACCACAAACAGUGCUGACCGAGAUUCACGAACAGAUGCACCUACUUACCUUCUUCGAUUUCUACAAGCAGUUGGAGCAUGUGCAGUGGGUCGAGCACACGAUCAUAUGGCACACGCUGGUCCUCUACGAACACUGCACCAAGUUGAAGGCAGCACAGAAGGCGCUCGACCAGAUGCAGUCGAUGUCUGUCCUGCAAAUUGAGCUGUAUAUCCUGUACGGAUUGCUGCUGCCCAUCAGCAUUUAUUUGGCAUCGUUCUUAUUUUGAGCGUAGUAAUAAACAUGUUUGCUUGUUCCCAUAGUUGGCAAAAAUACUUUCACUUGCCUCCCUCCCGUGCUUGGGCCAUGCAGACGUUUCAAUU